AUGAUGAUGUUUAGGGCUAGAAGUCGUUGCAGACACAGUUCCGAAUGGUUGUAUCUUGUGGUUUUGGGGUUUAGGACGAACUGCAUUUACAAUCGAUAUCUAGGGGAGGAAAGCAGAGGUGAGAGUGUUGGAGAAGGAUUGGAGAUAGGAACUCCAUCAUCAACACCCCCUCAUUCUCUGACCACCGCCCCUCCUUCCCAUUAUGGCGUACACCUUUGCCCCUUUAUGUUUUCAGUGAUUACAUACACAACACAAGACUUUGAAACAAAACUGGAUUUCAAGCUCUAUUCUCAAACUUGCAAAUCGGAUCUCGCUUUGGGAGAUCGGAUCUUCAAACCUGCAAAUCCCACAUCUUCUUUGUCCAACAUAUUCCAACACCACAUCUAUUUCCAACAUCACUUCCACCCAUCAUUGUCACCACAACCUAUCAUCACUGCAACCUCCACCAUUGCACCUUAUGUUACCUGA